AUGCCACUUGAAGAUGAGGUUUGGCGAGUCAUCAUGCAGGAUCUCGACCUCCCUAUAAUAUGGGUUGAUAGCGACGUCUUUCAGGAUAUCUUCCAGGCCGCUAUCAUACAUGCUGGCACGUGGCUCGCCAGCUUAUUGUUUAAAAAGGCGAAGACACUGUGGCUCGGUAGCGGCGCGCCCAUCACGAACAAUGACUACGUAGACAGGUACAGACGACUCGCACUGGCUCUCGAGAAGCCCAGCGCAAUAGCGGUGCGGCUCUUGGCGAGGGAGUCCAGUCGCCCUCACAAGAGACCGUCUCUGUCGGCUGGAAAGGCCACAUCAUCAUACGCCGACAAUGGCGAGACAGUCCCCGUCACAGGCACUGUCGCGUCAUCCUUCAAACACGCCUGGGCCCUGCCGACGGCGCCUGUUGCUACAGGCUCCCGAGGCAGAGUGGGUUUCAUUUCUUCAAAAGCAGCAGCACCCAAAGAACUCCAAGGCAACCCGGUGACGGCGAUUAAGCUUUCCCCACCAUCCGAGGAAGCCGACGAGGCCGGUUCCGCAGCUCGUUCCAUGCGUCUGGGGCGCCGCGGGGCCAAUUGCAGAUCCAACUGCCGUUUUGAUGUUUGA